AAGACAGGAAUAUGUUUUUGUUUUAAACUCAUUGGAAUGGUAUAUAUUUCCAUUUCUGUUUCCCAUGCCCAGUUUAAAGGCAACGUAUUAACUUUUUUCCUUUGAAAUAAUCCAAUCUCUGUCAAUAUUAUCCUUUCCCAAUAUUGGCCCCGCACUUCAAUGUAAAUUUUAUAAGUGGUAUUUUGCUGUUUCACACAGACUAUUUCUUUGACAGGAUUUUCUAUGCUCACAUAUUCUUGUUUUGGGCUCUUUUUGGGUUCCGAUAGGAUUUUGCUGUUUAUGAAGCAUAUGAUGUGGGUUUGUCUGAAACAAAGUGAAAGUAGAAUUGCAUAAUUCCUUUUUUCAAAUGGUGGUGGAGAUGUGGGGUUGGUGGGGUUGGGCGUCGGCACCUGGAAGAAUAAUGAGAGAAAGAGAAUAGGUCUCAACUUCAAGAGUGGUGGUGGUGCCACAGAUACGAAAAGCAGGUGGAAGAGGGAAGCAUGCUAUCAUUUUCAGUCUCUAAAAAGAUUGGAUUGAGUUCAACUCCUCUUUUAUUCCCUCUUAAGAUGCUCUCUUCCUCCCCUUAUAUGAGUGUGCUGGGAAAUUGGUAGCAAUUCAAUGGAUUUGGAGCUUUAGGAGUCUUCAUUUCAUCGAAGGAAUUUGUCCUUGGAAACUCAAAAAAUAACAGAAUUUUCUUGCUCUGUGGUUUUCACAUAGAACCCUUCAUGAGCUUGAAAACCAACUCCCAUCAGACAAUCUGAAAUUUUCACCAAAAACAACGGUGGCCUUCAGAAACAAAGAAGAUGUAUCAGGUUAAGAAUCCCAUCUCCUCAAAUGGGUCCAUGUCCUCUCACCCUGAGAGGCCCAUACUAUUGCAAGGAGGCCCUAUUCCCGGAGAAAUGGGUUUAGUUCUGUCCACAGAUCCUAAACCAAGGCUGAAAUGGACUCCUGAGCUCCAUGAGCGCUUUGUAGAUGCAGUCUCUCAACUUGGAGGUCCAGACAAGGCGACACCGAAGUCUGUGAUGAGGGUAAUGGGUGUCAAAGGACUUACUCUUUACCACCUAAAGAGCCAUCUCCAGAAAUACAGGCUUGGUUGCUCUGCAGCAGCAUGUAGGACAUCUGAAAUUCAAGGUGCCAGCAAUACUACCUCAAGCAUGAUGGGAGCUAACAUGACAGAUGGUUUGCAGAUCAAUGAAACUCUCCGGAUGCAGAUUGAAGUUCAGAGGAGACUACACGAACAGCUAGAGGUGCAGCGUCAUUUGCAGCUCCGUAUUGAAGCCCAAGGUAAAUACUUGCAGUCAGUGCUGGAAAAAGCUAGAGAAACUCUUGCUGGCCAUAACUUGGGUUCAGUUGGGCUAGAAGCAGCCCGUGCAGAGCUGUCAGAAUUGGCUUCAAAGGUGUCCAACGAAUGCCUCAACUCUGCGUUCUCUUCUUUGCCUGAAAUGCAGGGAUUUUGUGAACAACAGCAACAUAUAGUGCAAGCUGUAAACAGCCUUCACCAGCAGUCUCAAGUUGCGGAUUGUUCAACAGAGAGCUGCUUGACAUCAAAUGAGAGUUCUGAUAAGAACUUUCAUUCGAAUACACAGAUUGCUUGUAAAAAAAGGUCCAGACGAUUUGACGAUAAAAGCCUACCUUUCUGGCAAAAUGAGGCCAGAGAAGAUGCCAGUUUUGAAGAAUUUGAUGCCACACAAUUGACUUGGGAAGAAAAUAUGAAAGAAGAAGAGAAAAUUUCAUCUUCUUCAUCUAAUCCAAAAGAUUUGGAAAGGAAUUCAGUUUCAACUAAAGAGAUUUUCAGGGAGAGAUCUUCAAGUUUUAGGCUAAAAGCAGAAGAAAAAGGCUGUGGUUUGUCUGAUGCAAGGAAAAAAGAAAGGGAACUGAACGGAUUAAGUUUAGGAGAUCGUGUAAUUAAAAAUUCAGUUAUGGGCAGAAGUCUGUCUCUGCAAGAAAUCUGUCAAAUGGAUGAAAUGAUGGCACUCCAUAGGGAUGAAGAUGAAAGCCCUUCAGCAAGCUUUAACAAACUUUCAAAGCUGACUGAAGGAUUGGAUUUGAAUGCUAACGGUGACACAAGUAUAGCUUCCAAUUGCAGGGAGCUUGAUCUAAAUUGUUAUGAGUGGAGGAGAUAAUGUUUGUCAUGGUGACCAGCAUUUAAGCCCAUCCAGAAAGCUUCAACAAAUGACUGAAGAAUUGUGCUAUAAUGUUCAAUACAACAGAAAUAUAAGCAGCUUGACUUUAUAGUUAUGGGUGGAACAGAUGAGGUUUCUUGUACUAGCUCAUCCGAGAAAUCUCUGUCUUCUAUCUCUGAUGAGAACCUCCAUUAACUAAUAGCUAGUAAAUCCUAUUUUCCUAAACUGAAAUCACGAGGGACCAUUAAUGGGUUUUUGUUAUUACUAGGAAUUUUUAAGCUGUUUAGACUAUUGAGAGAGAUCCUGCUUCUUUCUUAUUGUAACUCAUGUAUAUGUUAUGUAAAAAAUGCCUAUAGAAUCAACAAUAAGAGCCCUCCAUAUUUCGUGUUUCA